GUGUUCCAUGUGGGAAACUCAGCAACCCACCAAAAGUUGGAGAAUCUGAGAACGAAAGGUUCAGACGCCUCCAACCAAUCCAUAUUAUGCUGGAAACGGACAGAAAAAUGGCUUUCAGGCAAAAAAUGGAGAACGGAGGGGAAAUAAGGAAAAUUGACGCCCUGACUAAAUUCAAGACUGAAACGGAAAUGGAAGAGAGACGAAUGGAUCUGGAGACAAGGAGUGACAGGCUUAAAAGGAUGAUGGAAAAUGAAAUGUUUUCGCACACUCAGCAAAUGCAGACUGACUUUGAAAGACAACAGGAAUCCAAAAUUGACGGAAUGAGACAGCGAGUGAAAGCUUUAAAAGAAAAGCGUCUUGAAGAGGAACGUCAAUUCGUGGAAAAGAAACUGGAUCUCGCAUUUCAAAAUCAAUGUGAACAAAUGCGGACGCUGCUGUCAAAACGGAUAACAAAGGAAAUCGUACAAGACUGGGGAGAACAGGUCAAAAUGAAGAAGAGAUUAGAGUGUGAAGAAGAGGAGAACGAUCGUAUGUAUGCGCAUUUGGUCAGUCUGGAUGUGGAAAAUAAGUGGAAGCGUGAGAUUGCGUACGAUUGCAUGAGAGCCGAUGCGUUGAAGCAAGGACUUGCAGAACUGGACAGGCAAAUUCAAUACAAAAAGGCAAAGGCCGCAGAUCAGGCCAAAAUCCAAGAACGAGAAUUGGCCAUAAAUGCUCAGAUUCAGAAAGAAUUGGAAGUAGAACGGAGGAAACGGGAGGAAGAAAAGAAUGCACGAUUCAUCAAGUCUAAAGAGCAUGUCAAAGAAAUGAUGGCAACCAGAGAUUACUACAGAGAUCGGAGAAUUAAAAGGGAAGAAAUCGUAGCUCAAGAGUUCCUCCGGAAAGCGAUUCGAGAACUAUAUAUUGAGGAGGCGGACAGAAACAAAGCAAAACGAGAACUGAUGCGUUCAAUCAACAUCUACUUGGAUUACCUCAAAAAACGAGACUGUUACGGUAAUAGCAGAGAAGCAGAGCUGCAGAAAGUAAUUGAUGCCGUAAUUGAGGAGCAGUACUUGAAGGUGAAUGAAGCUCGAAGAAAGGAACAAGCUCAACGAAAACAAUUAUUUUGCAACGUGUUGGCAGGUCGGGCUCAGCAAAUUGACGAUUUGAAAGCUCUCCGGGACAAGGAGGAAAUGGAGCGGCAGAAAGAGUUGAGAUACCUGAAAGAAGAUUGGAAGCAGUAUUUGCGAGAGGUGGAGUAUGAAAAAGAGGUUCAGCUCAAGAAACGCCAGCAGUAUCGCAACGAUUUGGACUGUCAAUUGCAGUAUCAAGCUACGGUUAAGGGUCGAGAUUCAAAUGAGACUAAGCGAGAAGGAGACCUUGGCGAGUUGGAAGAGGGAUUUUUCCUGAAUCGGUUAAAUACCACAGUAAAGCAAGCAAAGUUGGAGAGGAGCAAUCCAUACAGGGAAAUGUUGAGUGGAAAAAAGGUUCAGCAAUGCCUUCGACCAAUUGGUGAAAGUUGGAGUACUUGAAAAAUCAGACAGCGCAUCUUCAAAAUGACAUGAUGCACACAAUAUAAAUCCAUAUAUGUACAUAUCUAUAUCCUGCUUUCUAAUAAUUUUUGUAACUUGCUGUUAGAAAUAAACGAUGCAGACACACAUA